CUUGAUGAUCUUGACGUGCUGCAGAUUUCAUAACGCCCACAGGGAGCGUGUCCUCGUUCUUCUCUCCGUGGACCAAACACAUCCAGAGGUUCUGCUGAGAUCAGCUGGACGCUGAGGGACCCUCCACUGUCAGAUGAUGAGGUGACCUGAGAGCCGCGGUGAUGGAGAACCUUUGGUGUGUGGCUGGGACCAUUUUCCAGCUGUGGAUGUUCGUGGUGGUGUUCUUCAUCAUGCUUCCCGCCAUGUUCGGCCUUUCUCUGGGGGUCACCGAAGUCUACAUCCAGGUUCUGGUCAAAAUACUCGAGUGGGCCACAUUACGCAUCCAGAGGGGCCGACAGGAACAGCCCAGCGCCUCAGUCCCUCUGCAUAAGGGGAUCAUAGAGCGAGCGGGGGGGUCCAUGGAGGAGGAGAUGUGGCAGCUCCGGUGCUCUCGGCCCGAGGCGGCGGGGGCCUUCUGUUUGAGCGAUGGUGUGUAUUUCUGUAAGAAGGGUCUGGAGAGCAUUGUGGAGGACCAGGUGACGCAGAGAUUUUCCUCAGAGGAGUUGGCUUCCUGGAACCUUCUGACCCGCACCAACCAAAACUUCUACUACAUCAGUCUCCGCCUCACCAUCAUCUGGGGCCUCGGAGUCUUUGUGCGAUACUGCAUCCUCUUACCCUUCAGGAUUGCUCUGGCCUCUACCGGUCUCUCCUGGCUGGUGAUUGGAACAUCUGUGGUUGGAUUUCUGCCUGAGAGCAGUGCAAAGAACUGGCUGAGUGAGCUGGUCCACCUGACCUGCUACAGGAUCUGUGCCAGAGGACUGUCCGCUACCAUCCACUACCACAACAAAGAGAACAGGCCUCAGAAGGGAGGAAUAUGUGUUGCGAACCACACUACCCCCAUCGAUGUGGUGAUCCUGGCCAAUGAUGGUUGCUACGCCAUGGUCGGACAGACUCAUGGAGGUCUGCUGGGGAUCCUUCAGAAGUCCAUGGUCAGGUCCUGCCCCCAUGUCUGGUUCGAGAGGUCGGAGAUGAAGGACCGAAACGCAGUGACCAGCAGACUGAGACAUCACGUCGCUGCAAAGACCAAACUUCCCAUCCUCAUAUUUCCUGAAGGAACAUGUGUCAACAACACCUCAGUCAUGAUGUUCAAAAAGGGAAGCUUUGAAAUCGGAGGAACCAUUUAUCCAGUAACUAUUAAGUACGACCGUCGCUUCGGGGAUGCUUUCUGGAACAGCAGCAAAUACAACAUUGUUAGCUACCUGCUGCGCACGAUGACCAGCUGGGCCAUAGUGGUCAAUGUGUGGUACCUCCCUCCCAUGACCAUACAGGAUGGAGAGGAUGCAGCUCAGUUUGCCAACAGAGUCAAGUCUGUCAUUGCUCAUCAGGGUGGACUGCUGGACCUGGCGUGGGAUGGAGGACUGAAGAGAUACAAAGUAAAGGAUUCCUUAAAGGAGGAGCAGCAGAAGACGUACAGUAACAUCAUAGUGGGACAAAACGACAUCAGAACCACAAAAACAUGCAGCGAGACCAGAGGAUCAAUAAUGCUGGAUCAAUGAAGAACAUGUGAUCAGCUGUCAGCUUGGAAACUGAUGAAGUAUCAGAAGCUAAAGCUGACUGUUCAUUAGGGAGGACUGUGUUAAUAUUCCACCAGGCUUUUGUUUUCAUUAAAUGUUUUCUAUGUACUUUGUGUGUGUGUGGGUGUGUGUGUGCGUGUGCGUGUGUGUGUGCGUGUGCGUGUGCGUGUGUGUGUGUGUGUGGGUGUGUGUGUGUGUGUGUGUGUGUGUGUGUGUGUGUGCAAUAAUGUCCAUCCACCAGCAGGGAGCAGUGUGUGAUAACACAGUCUUUCUGUCUUGCUCCUCCCUGGAUUGGAGGACAUGUCCUGUUUCUCUUACAGGCAGUGUCACCACGGCGAUGGUGUUCUUUCUGUGUGAGAAUGUGGGAUGUUAUUUUUAUAGAGCUGUAGUUAUAGAGCAGAAAAUGAAAAAAAUAUUUCUUAUAACAAGAAGAAACUUAAAGAUGCAUCAUUCACUGAAAGAUUUUAUAUUCAUUGGUUGAUUUUUUUUAAACUACAUUUUCAUGCGAUCGUCACAUAUUUGGCGGUACUUUAGGACUGCAAGAAUGUGAUUGUGGAUUUUUUUUAAAUGACUUUUUUCCAUUUUAAUGCUUUUCUGUACAAAUUAAAGAAAGUAGUUUUGAUUUUCACACUUUUUAAAUAUGGCAAAUACUUUGGAAUUUUAAGCCUGCACUGCAGGAAGAAUAUAACUGUGGGGACUGAAAUGGAAAAAAAAGGUGAAAUAGA